AUGACCUCGAGUCCCGAGUACUCCUCCACAGGGUUGAAGUCACCAGAAUUACACUCCCUAGAGCCACCAGACGGUCGUAUCGCUCACACAUUAACCGCCUGCACAAGGUGUAGACAGCGAAAGUCCAGAUGCGACCCCGGAAUUCCACGAUGUGCGCCCUGCGAACGAAGCAAUGCCAAGUGCGUGUAUUAUGACUCGGCCCGAGAUUCAACUAUACCUCGAACCUAUAUCGUAUCGCUCAGAGAGAAAGCCCGGGCGUUAGAAAAAGAGCUUGCCAAAGCUGAGAAUGAGAUACAACAUGCUGCCGAUGCCGAGUUGAUGGUGCGAGGCGCCGGGCGCAUCCGGUUCAAAGAGAACGAUGAGCCGCGAUACCUUGGUGCCUCAAGUGGCAUCGCUAUGACUCGUUUGGUCAUGGAGAUGGCGAAGCAGAACACCGAUUCAAAAAGCAUCAAGGAUGUUGUUCCCGAAUUCACCGCACAAGAGAUCAAAGACGCGUUUGCUAAAGAAGACUCGAAGCCAACAUCAAAAGUAUAUCCCAUGAUAAGCUCGAUCCCACAACCCAACCUACCUCCAAAGGCCCUGACCUAUAAAUUGAUUGAUCUUUUUGUGGCCAAAGCACAAGCACUACUUCCCCUCCUGCACGAGCCUACAUUUCGACAAGAGGUAGAGGAGGUCUUCGAUGGCUCCGCAGAUCCCUGCAAGAACUUCCAACUGCGGAUGGUCAUUGCCAUCAGUAUGCAGAAAAUGAGUACAGAAUAUGCUGGCCUCGCUGAUAGUUAUUAUCUUGCGGCCUUGCCCUACCUGGAACCCACGCUCAAACGAAUGGAUUUAGGGGCUCUACAAUGUCUCGUCCUCAUUGCCUCAUAUUCAAUGGUAACGCCCACUCGCACAGCUGCGUACUGGGUCGUGGGGACGGCUGCCAAACUUUGUCAGGACUUGGGAUUGACCGAAGAAGCCACCGUCACCAAAUCACCGUGUGGGAAAGCAUUGAAUCCCUUGGAGAUCGACAUGCGCCGAAGGUUAUUUUGGAUCGUCUCAUCAAUGGAGUUCGGUCUUUCUCAUAGCCUGGGUCGAUGCAGCAGCUACUGCGUCAGCCACGACCAUAUCAAUGUGAAAUUCUUUGAAUUAGUGGACGACCGGUACAUCACUGCCGAGGGGAUCACCCCUGGAGCGAAACCCGUUCUAGCAAAGUGUAUUGCAGUUCACUUUUUCAAAAUGCGACUACUCCAAUUGGAGCCCAGGAGAAUGCUCUACUCGAACAGACGAGAGAGCCCAGUUGAUGAUCAGGAUCCAUGGUUUUCUCAAAUGUUGGCCAAAAUUGACCAUUGGAUGGCCACUACCCCUAAGAACGACGAUGGCAGUGGGCUCAAUGUGAAAUGGUUGGUUGAUAUUCUCAUUUUCCUGAAAUGCCACUUUACUAACAGUUACUUCUACAGGUUUCAAGGGAGAGGAAACACCAUUAUUAUUCUCAUGUAUCGUCCCUCGCCGCAGAUCCCCGAGCCAACCGUCCAUGCCGCCAAAACCUGUUAUGAUGCAGCCAUAUUCAAUAUUGCCAUGCAUAAGGAACAGAUGAUCACUGGAUCUGUCGACCUGACAUGGGUAUUUGUGCAAGCUCUCUUCAUGGCUUUAAAUACCGUGCUUUGGACCCUCUCAUAUCCCGAAAUUCGAAAAGAGCACACCAUUGAGGAAGUCCAAGGGCACCUGGAUAUGGCCCUUGAAGUCAUUGUAUUUUCCGCUGAACGUUGGCCGGGUGUUCAAUCUGCCUACCUUCUUUACAGGCGCCUUGUUGCUGCGUGCUUGAAAGCAUACAGGACAGAAGAAUCGUUUGUUGUACACUCGCCUUCUAACCAUCCUACACCAACAUCCUCCCAGGGAAUGACCCCUCCAGCGAUGUCCAGCCCGUCAAGCAGUACGACCGCUUCCUAUUAUUCCAAUAAACACCGUGCAGGCAACCUAUCAAUUGGCGAUACCGCCUCAAACGGUACUUAUUCCAGGGGACAAUCGGCUGAUCCUACAUUCACUCAAGAAUCAACCCCACCUGCAGUGGUCCCUCCGCCGUCCAAAGAGCCACAAAUGCCGUCGGUUUCUUCUGCAUUCGACAUGCACCCACCACUCACAGCCCACGUUGUGGCACCACAUUAUACGUCAGAGGCCUACGUUGGGCCGACACUCUACCCCGAUGUAUCAAUCGACCCGAACACCCCUUACAACACGAUACCUUCAGUUGUUCCUGGCCUGCAAGGCUGGGAUCCCAACUUCUCACUUGCCUCAACAACCGCGGGUCACUUGGCAUACACCGAUGCAACUGUCGAUCCCAUGAACUGGUCCACCUCCAUUGGAGACCAGUACUCUCAGUACUUUAAUGAGCCCUUUCCGGUACCUUCAUGGCGUGAGCGCACCCUCAGUCAACAAGAGCAAAUUGAGCUUCUGGCUUCCCUCGAACACAAUAUACCCGAUGUAUCUGCCCAACUGGUUAAUGAGUAUAAUGCGUACUAUCAGUCCUGA